AUUCUGCGAUUCGUCCUAGAAUUUUCACGUGGUUUUUCACAUUUCGGCAUGUUUUACUCAAUUCGUUUAAUAUUUUGAAUAAAAUUGGCGAUAAUGCAUCGACUUUCAUCUGCCAGAAAUUUGUAUCAAAGUUCCUUUCAUGGUGUUUCGCUGCCUUACCACAAUUCACUCAAAAAUACCUCAAUUACGGAAAUAAAAUGUUCGUUCUGCCGAAAAAUGUUGUUAGGCCAUUUCGGUGCAGAAAGCAUUUAUGCGGCAAGACACCAAUCUACGAAAACGGCUAAUUUACUGAGUUCCUUGAGAAAGAAAUCUAAACAUAAAAGUUAUAAGAAGUAUGGAGAAUUGCUUGAAGUUGGUAACCAGGCUAUGACUGAAACAAAGGUUUCUAUAAGCAAAUUAAAUGCUUCACAUCUUUCUAAAUUGGCUACUAGUCCUGUUUCCCUUGGCCAGCUACAUCAGCUUACUGCCAAGACUAUCAAAAAUCCAAGAGUUGCAGAAGUGGACCCUGAGUUAUUAAAAUCUGUGAGAGAUAAAAUUUUAAAGAAAACUCCAACUAAGACCUCAUCUGCAGUGAUUGGGAAGUCAAGCCUAUCAGAUAUAGUUUUGGAGGAUGAUAAAUGUGCACUUAUAUACACUAGCCAUCCACUGCCAAAUAUCGAGGAUAAAUUUAGGACUAAACAAUACAUAGACAUGGUGAAAGACAGUUAUUAUGACUUCAGGAAAGCUACACUGUAUGACCAGAAGCUGCAAGACUUGCGGUAUGCCAUCAAUGAAGGCUUGACUCAGGAGUUUAACCUUAAUGAAACAAGUUCAAACAUGGACUUAAUGUCUGAAGAGAAACAUUUCCAAUCCCUUCCUAAAGGGCCACAUGCAGUAUUUAGAGAAUUAUUUGUUGAUAACCACUUAGAUAGUUAUGAUCAAGAACUAAUGACACACAUCACUAAUAUACAAACUCAAGGCCACUCACUUGCACACCCAGCUUUAGAAGACAUCUAUGAUGAUCCAUCUCUACAUGGUGAAGCAGGUGAUGUCAGAGAGGAUAUGGAUGUUAAUUACAUUGAACCUAUGCAAAAUGCCAAAAGCUUAAAAAUUAAACAGGCAAAAAACACUUUGCGCAAGAAAAACAAAGAGAAGCGGGAAAAGCGUCGUGCCAAGCAAGAGUUGAGCAUGAAACAAGAUAUGAGAGAUUUAGAGCGACGGGGCAAGCAAGACUCCUUGCAUCGAGUACUUAUUUCACAUUUGCAGCUCCUGUGUUCUCUUAAUAUGAUUCAAGAGGCGUCGCAAGUUCUACAGUAUUACAGACAAAGAAGCGCUCGUGUAUCGAGUAACCCUAAAAUAAGCGACAUACGAGUCUACAAUACACUUUUACAUGGAUAUGCGCAUACUGGUAUGUUGGACAAUGUCAAAAUCCUUUUAUCUCACAUGGCUGAGGAUAGCGUGCAGGCUAACCCUCAGACCUUUGCAGCAGUAUUCGAGUGUAUUGAAAGAAGUGAGGUUGAAGAUAAGUUAGCAGAACUCCAGCAUUAUAAAGAACAAAUGGAACAAAAGAAUAUAAAAUUAAAUGACCUCUUCGAUAAGACAAAGUUCUUAUACGAUCAACGCGAAAUUGUACUUCAAGCAACACGUCGACUUGAAGAAAAUUUUGAGCCAGUUUACACCCCACCCAUUCUUGACUACAACUGUCGCUUACUAGACAGCAUCACUUUAGAUAAAGUUGAGAAUAGAGCCGGUCUGCUGACGUCACCGGCGGAAGGCUUGCUCUCGUUGGAGGAAAUGAUUCAAAAAGGCAAAGAACAACUGAAUAUAGAAAUCAAAGGAGAUGUCGAAAUACAGAAUAUUGGUGUUCAGGAUGAGCAGUCCGACUUGGUGAAAUUCUGUAGACAGAAGUUAUCCGAGACGGAGAAUGAGUGGCGCGGCGUGAUCCGCGACUCCUUCGUCCGCAACCUCAGCACGCUGAGGUCGCAGAGUACCGCCUCGCACUCCGCCAUCACCAUGUACCCCUACCUCACUGUACUUGAUGUUGAUCAAUUUGUAGAAUUAAUAAUGGGUGAGAUCAGCAAGUUGGUGGAUGGAAGUGAGACAUACAGUCCUACACUCAAGCUGUUACAUAGGGAUUUAGGGACACAAGUUUAUCACAAAUAUCAAAUCGAGCAGUACCGAAACAACGGCACGUUAAGUAAGAUUGAGCGCAUAUACGAGAAGUACUGCGAGUGGUACGUCAAGCGUCAGUCUGUAGACGGCACGGACCUGCCCUACAACGGGCGCCAGGCGUGGCAAGCGCUCGUACACAUGAACAGAGAUGGAGCUAGUCUGGAUGUUGAAGAAACUCCGUGGCCAAUGGAAGUGCGACAAAACGUCGGAAAGUUCUUGUAUAAUAUCAUAAUCAAUGAUGUGAAGAUUGACGUCAAUAUGUUCAAGAGUAAAGCCGCUAAAGAGAAGAAGUUGCCGGCCGUGUACAAGGUGCACCGGCCGUGGGGCCGCGUGGUGCGGCUGGAGCUGAAGCCGCACCCGGUGCUGGCGCGCGUGUGGGCGGGCGCCGCCAGCCGCGCGCUGCGCAUGCGCGCCGCGCUCACGCCCACGGCCGCGCCGCCCGCGCCCUGGGCCAACACGCAGCGGGGCGCAUACCUCGUCACGCCCACGCCGCUCGUCAGGAUGCCGUACUACGUGAUGUCUCAGUGGAAGCGACUCGAGUCCGCGCCGUCUGAAUCUCUGUACCCAGUGUUGGACAGCCUGAACCAGCUGGGAGAGGUGCCGUGGGUCAUCAACGAGCCUAUACUGGAUCUACAGAUCAAAAUAUUCAGGGAAGGUGGUGACAAGAAGCUAGACAUUCCUCCGCCGUCAUCGCGUCUGGACAUGUCGCAGUUCGAGAGCGGCUCGGACGCGGCCGCCGUGUUCAAGCGGCGCGUGGCCGUCAACCGCGCGCGCGCUGAAAUGCACUCGCUAUGGUGCGACACGCUCUACAAACUGUCGCUGGCCAAUCACUACAGACAGCGUGUGUUCUGGCUGCCGCACAACCUGGACUUCCGCGGGCGCGUGUACGCGUGCGGGCCGCACGUGUCGGCGCUGGGCGCGGACGCGCAGCGCGCGCUGCUGCGCUUCGCGCGCCCGCAGCCGCUCGGGCCCGCCGGCCUGCGCUGGCUGCUGCUGCACGCUAUCAACCUCACCGGGACCAUGAAGAAGGCCACACUCGAUGAGAGACUAGAAUACGCGGAGAGUAUAAUAGACAAGAUUGUGGACUCUGCGGAGCGGCCGCUGGAGGGCGAGCGCUGGUGGGCCGCGUCCGAGGAGCCCUGGCAGACGCUCGCCUGCUGCAUGGAGAUCGCUAAUGCGCUACGAUCGCCGAACCCAGAAGAGUACCGCAGCGGGUUCCCGGUGCACCAGGACGGCUCGUGCAACGGGCUGCAGCACUACGCGGCGCUGGGCGGGGACGCGGCGGGCGCGCGCGCCGUCAACCUGGCGCCCGCCCCGCGCCCGCAGGACGUCUACAGCGCCGUGGCCGCGCUCGUAGAAGAAAUGCGCGUUCGAGACGCCGCGGCCGGGGUACCCGCGGCCAUCAUAUUGGAGAACUUCGUGCGGCGGAAGGUCAUCAAACAAACUGUCAUGACCACUGUAUAUGGAGUCACCAAGUUUGGAGCCCGCCUGCAGAUCGCUAAACAAUUGAAAGAUAUAGACGACUUUCCCAAGGAGCACGUGUGGUCGUGCUCGCAGUACCUAACAGCGAAGACGUUUGACAGUUUACGGGAGAUGUUCACUUCCACCAAACUUAUACAAGACUGGUUCACUGAUUGUGCAAAGCUGAUCUCUGCGGUGUGCGGCGAGAGUGUGGAGUGGGUGACCCCGCUGGGCCUGCCCGUAGUGCAGCCCUACUACAGGCGAGCCGGGACCGCGCAGCCACACCGCCCACCACUCGACCAACAACAACGUCCAUGCACGAUGAAGCAGCGCAACGCGUUCCCUCCGAACUUCAUCCACUCGCUGGACUCGUCGCACAUGAUGCUGACCGCACUGCACUGCGAGGCGGCGGGACUCACCUUCGUGUCCGUGCACGACUGCUUCUGGACGCAUCCCAAUACUGUCGAUCUCAUGAACAAGAUUUGCCGUGAACAGUUCGUAGCUCUCCACUCGCAGCCCAUCUUAGAAGAUUUAUCGGCGUUUCUUGUAAAUCGAUACAGUUAUGAUGAAAGUGAACUCGAAGACAGAAGCAUAGGAGCUGCAAAUAAAAAACGUGUCAACUCGUUACUACAGAAAGUGCCGAGCAAAGGCGACUUCGACCUGACUAGCGUUCUCAAAUCCGUGUACUUCUUCAGUUAAGACACUUAUUACAUGCUUCAAAGUUUAGUGGACGUUCAAACUGACCAAACGGAUAAUGACGUGUAGUAUGUAGACCCUACCUCACAACUUAAUAUACCAUAGGCUACACGUAGAAGCUAAUUUAAGUACUUACGAUAAUAUGAAUAACUCGAAAUACAUAAGACGUCAUCAUAUUAUACAUCGAAUACUAUCAUACAUUGUGUAAGGUAUUUGGAAAAUAGUUUCCGCACGUACAUGUUGAAGUGGUAACAGUCUUCCAUGUAGGGUAUGCUAAAUGAUGGUGAUUAUAAAGUGGGCUUUUUAACUGAAGAAGUGAAGUUAUAACGGAAAGAAAAGACACCUUACGAUAAUUAUAAAAAUAACUCAAUUUAGAUAGACGAGACAUUUUAAUAAAACAUUGCCAUGAGAGGAACGGUGCCUUUACUACGACCUGUAAA